AUGCAGGAGGGGCCUCUCUACUAUUUGCCGUGGAAUGGCUCAAAGUUCAAAACCGUGAAUAGUGUGGUCGACAACGGAUGUCUGGUCACCUAUGUGGUCAGCUACAUGAUGCCAGUUAGGAAAAAUGAAGUAAUUAUGAAGUCCAAGGCUCUAACGGCCACUUUCUCUGUGUUUUUCAGCGAUCGACUGCGAUCAGGGAACGUUGCACUGUCUCACAUGUACUGCACAGCCUUUGUCUACCACUGUUGUGAAAAAGAUUGCCAAGUUGGCGAAGACAACGCAGAGGAGGGCAUUGAUGUCGAGUCCUCUAAAGCUGACCUUAAAUUAACACUGAAAGAACUCUAG